CAGGUUAUCAAGACACUGAAACGAGCUCUUCAACCAGUUAUCUCAGAUGUGAGCGUAGCUUGGGACCUAACAGAAGGCUGGAGUGUGCAGCAGGUCCCUGCAUCUCUUCCCCCGCUCUUCAGUGGUGACAGACUUGUGGUGUAUGGCCUUCUGAAGCCUUCAGAAAAUGCCAAACAAGGAGGAAUGAAUAAUGUACGAUUACAAGGCAUGUUUGGAAAUAAUGAGAAAGUUGAACAUUUGAUCACCUUUCCUACUUCUCUCCUGCCGACGGCUUGUGUGACAGAUGAUGCAGCAAAUGCAAGUGUCUUCCUACAUCGCCUGACAGCUAAAACGUUUAUCCAGGUAAAGCAGGAUGUCCUGAAUGAAGGGUAUAACGGAGGCGUGGAAGAUGAAGGCUACAAAACUUUGUUAAUCAGUGUCAGUAAAUCAGCAAAUGUGGUGUCAAAGUUCACGUCGUUUGUGGCUGUUGAUAAAGAGAGCCAUCAGCCGGUAUCUGGACCGCUUCAGCGAAAAGUUGUUCAUUCGUUUGUUAGGCUUAAUGCUGUGGGCAAUUAUAAUAAUGUGGCAUGUUUGAAACGCCAUAAAGGUGCUGCGUUGGAAUAUGUACGUGUGCCGAGGAUGGCCAGCAGACCAAGUAGACCAGCCCCUUCUGAAGAACAGGCGAGUUUGAAGAAGUCUAUAGGCUCCUUUUUCUCGAAACUGUUUAGCGGGGCAUCGUUGUCGCGACCAAAGGGAAAAGAUCAAGGGCAAUCCUCUAAUGCUGCUUGUGCCUUGGAAGAGGCGGAACACGAUAACAUAACCAAACAAGAAAACGAACCAGAAGGAGACGCCCCAGCUUUGUUGUCAGUUAUAUCAUUACAGAAAGCCUCAGGAGCCUGGGAACUCACCGAUCAGCUGGUCUCUCUGUGUGGAACGAGCAAAGAUUCUUUGAUCACAGGAUGCCCAGCAGCGAUUGCAGUUGACUCGUCUGAAGGGAAGCUGUUAUGGGCCACUGCUCUGGCUCUGGUGCUGUUGAUGGGCAAGUUCGGGAAUAAGAAGGAUGAAUGGGAGAUGGUCCAAGAGAAAGGCAAAAAGUGGAUGAAGAAAAAUCUACCAGCAGCCAUUAAAUACGACGAAGUCAUAACGUUUGCAGCAGCUACAGUUGGAGUCCAGAUAUCAUAAACAGCUGAACAGAUUAUUCAAAUAUCGAGAACUAGUUGUUCAUAAGCUUGCAGACAGAACACUUGCUAGUAUUGGUGAAUAUAAACACAAUCAUUUUAUUAGCGCAACUUUGUGAGGUCAUGUUCUUUGUACCGACCGUAUUUUAAAGUUGUAAUUUUGAAGUUCGUUUUCCGUAAUUUAAAUUGAGCCUUUUCAAAUCAUAGGCUUUUACGACUUUUGCAUUUCCUACGAAAAGACGCUAUGUUAGUUGUAAAGUACGCUGCUCACAGUCCCCUAUUUUCCCGUAAGAUGGCCGAGAUCGAGCUCCUACCCUCACGGGCAGCCAUCUUGGUUUCAAUUGUACUGAGUGCAAAUUGACUACCAGUCCCUCGGUACACGUGAAACCAAGAUGGCCGCCCGUAAAGGCAAGCGCUGUUUCGGCCGAGCACCGCAGAUAUAUCAAUACGUUAUACUACACCUUCUGUUGGUAUAGAUAAGCUAGAACAGAGCUGAGCGACAUUUAGCAUAAAAUACUGUAAGAACGGAGGCCAGAAAAAACCUGCCGGAAAAAAAAAGAAGAAGAAACCAGUAGGGAAAAGCUUGGCAGGAAAUCUCGGUAGGAUCCAUGGCUCGUGCUCUGAAAAGCCUAUCCUACGAUGGCUACACGGCUCGAAAGUCUCUACCCGCACUUACUGAGCAUGUAUUCCAACAAAGCACGGUAAAUUGAAAAUAAUUAUUUGAAAACAAACGAAAAAUAUCGAAAACAAGUUAAAACCCUCUCGAAACUCAAUUUAUCACUUAAUAAGUGAAAUAUAUAAUAAAUAAAUGAAUAAGUAAAUAAAUAAUAACGUGAGCUAGACGAGGUGUCGGCCUAGAAUGCUUUCCCACGUGAUAAGCAUCCCUUUUAUAGGACUCCAGUCUACCCAUACGGCACAUCAACUGAAACCGCCUCAGUCCCUGCUACUUCCGUGCCGCAGAAAUACUUCAUUUCCGGCUAAUUCGUAUCCACUUAAACUCCGGAAAUUCCAUAACCUAAAAGACCUCUUUAGCUUGUACGUUUUAUUUCCCAAUGAAGGUCUCAGCUCUCAGGGGAUUUUGAAAGAAACAGUUUUCUGUAGUAUUAUCACGUGAGGUCUAUUAAAAAUUUCUUCACUACAAUAAAGUCUAAAGUUCCGAUUUUUGGGCUCUGCUUGAACCUGUCCAUGUCACGUGACUUGUGAUCCCACCAGCUACGCAGGUUAUCACUCCUCAGGUGGAACCGUUCGUGGUUCUUUUUCAACACAAUUCUUUGUGGUAGCAAGGCCAUUUACGGAGAGCAAAACAAAUGUAUUUCUUUGCAUCCCAACAGUUUAGGCUGGAUAGCUAACUUUAAGUAAUAUGAAUAAAUAAACAUUGGCAAAUCUAAUGCAGGUAUAGAAGAUAAUAAAGAGAGGUUUUCGACCCAAACCAAGUCAAGCUCCUUAUGUUCACUUGGAGUCCUUAAACCGUAAAUGAUGAGUUUAAGCAAACCGUUACCAGGAAACGUAUUGCAUUUAUGCAAUGGAGGGGGCGGGGCUGGGGGAAUAAUUGGCAGGGGCAAUAAUACACACUUAAUGUCAGAUCCCGAGGGAAACAGUUAGUUUUGUUUUCCCGAGAUGACGUCGAGGGAAACAUCAGGACUCGAGGGAAAACAAAACUAACUGGUUUCAGGAGGGACCUGACAUUAAGUGUUUUGUUAUAUUCCUAGACUUUCAAUUCAACAGCAAGAAAGGAAUUACCGGAGCUAACCAAAACUGUCGACUCGGUACUUAUAACAACACAAAUAUAAUUCUAAAAACCACUGAAUGAAUGAUUUACAAAGUACUUUCCUUAUAUAUUUUUCCUCUACUAGCUGCUGUUGCUCUUCAGGGAUAACUUUAAAGAUCGUUGCUUUUUAGCUUGAGGCUUCGUGUUUGUGUUGUUGUGUUCAUUCACGAAAAAGAAAACUGGCAGUGUUUUUCCCGCCCUCUGUCACACGCCACUUUCCGCCAUGCUUUGAUCAUGUGCUGUAAUGUAUCCCGAGCGGGGUACAUUGCGUAAUGUAUCACGAUCGGGAUACAUUUGAUUUUAGUCAAGGCCACGUGACUAAGAAUCAACCAAUGGCAGUCCCUGUUUGGUUGAGUGAAAGUCUAGGAAUAUAACAAAGUGUAAUAUUCUACCCUAGGUACAGUCGACUCUCUCUUAACGGACACCUCUGUAAAACGGACACCUAGAGUUGGUCCCUGCCUUUCUUUAUGCCUUUUAUUUGACUCUCUAUAAGACGGACAUCACUCUUGGAUGGAAACUUACUGCCUGUCCCAAACGUGUCCGUCUUACGGUGAUGUUACACGAGACGACUCGCAACAACGAGUUUUAGCGCAACACAGCGUUGCAAAAUUGUUGCUCGCAUAGUUAUAUCAUUGUUCCAACAUAGAAACUCUGUGUUGCGCUAAAAAUCGUCGUUGCGAAUCGUCCCGUGUAACAUCACCUUUAGCGGGAGUUGACUGUAUUCACGACUUGGUAAUAAGGUAUGGGAAAUCGCUCUUGUGUGGGACAAGCCCACAGAGAGGCGAACUCUUGGAACGGGCAGGACCACCCCGACUUACUCGUCGGCUAGCGUUACGAAGGAAGCGCCUACUGAUAACCUCUUUUACAGUCCCAUUUUGUUAAUCUUCAGGUUAUCAAUUACCCGGCUACAAAUCGAACUUACGUAGUAAAUGGCUGUAGGAGCACCUUCUUUGCUGUGCUGGCGAGAGGCUGAUUGCUGCUUUAGCGACGCACGUAAACCGAAAGUGAACUUUUUGCAUUCUUGGGCGGUGGUUUUACCCAUAUUUUUAGGCAAAUUGUUUCUCAGUAGGAGAACAGUAAGCAAUUAUGCAAAGUUAGUAGCCUCAAGAUGUGUUAAAAGAGAAAACGCCUCUCUUUCGGUUUACGUGCGUCGCUCACAAACGCCUUUGCUGAAGCUCGAUUCCUUACCAGCCUUACACCAGACUCAAAUUCACGAGCUCUUUCUCAGUAGUCUCAUUAACAGGUUCUUCUAAUCGUGCGACUUGCGCUCUAAGGUUGCCGGCGCGGUUCUUAUAUAUAAUAGUGCUUUAUUAGCCAGCUUUCAGUCUGAUGUUUUAAAUCUACUUAAUUAUUCUUAUAUGCGGGUGUUUACUGUAUUCAAGUUUUUGCUGUGAGAUGCAGUUGCGGAGUCCCUGUCACUUUGUAUUGGACUGCCUGUGGCAAUGCCCCUUAUAGUCUAAUUUGUUCUGUUGGUGUUUUUGUUUGUUUGUUUGGUUUUCACAUGUCUUGGAUGAAAUUAAUAAGGGGAAAAAUAGAUAACAAAAAUCUCUUUUUAAUACACUUACGGCGGGGCAGAAAAAAGGAAAUCAAGGGUCAAGUUUCAGUUCGUCAAACGCUUUGCACUAGACAGUCGAAGUUAGUCUUGUGUUGUUCAUUUACUUUUCUUUUAGGAUUAUUAGUAAAUAAACGGCAGCACUGCUCAUUCCUAUUAUUUUUUACCAACUUUUGGUAAUCAAGACAUUAAAGAGAGCUCUGCAACCAGUUAUCACAGAUGUUGAGUUGUCAUGGAAACUACCAAAAGACUGGAAUGGGUACCAGAUCCCCGCAACCCUUCCUCUGUUGGUUCUAGGAGACAGACUUGUUGUGUAUGGUGACCUCAAUUGUCGGCAAGGAGGUCUUACCAAAAGUUGUAAAAAGGGCAACGGAGAAUUGACUGCAAAAGCAAUCCUGAAAGGCAGACUGGAGAACAAAAAGGCAGCGAUACAUCACGAGAUUCAUUUUACUUUCUCUCGUGAAGGGGAUGAAGCUGAAGUGAAUGGAGGGAGUAUGCAUCGUCUUGCAGCCAAGCAGCUCAUACAAGAAAAACAAGAUGCCUACAACAACAGAAGCCGGACUUGGAGUGACGAGAAAAAAGAUGCUUUCAAACACACAGUGAUUUUCAUUAGCAAAGCAACGAACAUAGUUUCCAAAUUCACUUCGUUUGUCGCUGUUGACCAAGACAAUCAUCAGCCGGUGUCAGAACCGUUGAAAAAACGACCUGGGGUUUGGGAGGAAGGAGGUGAUUUUUAUAGUGAUUCGGAGGGCAGUUCAAACGACGAGUGUGAAGACGAGGACUGCGAGGGUCUGUGUAACAUCCCUGUGGCAAAGUAUCACGUCGACCAGGAUGACUUUUACGAAAACUUCCAAGAAAAGGGAGAUUGUGUGGCAAAACGAAGGGUAGUAGCGGUACACUCCGUGCUGGCAUUGCAAGAUGCUCGCAUUGCAAGAUGUCAAAAACAAUGUCAACUACUGUUACUACUGAUGUCCUUACAGAAAUUCUCAGGGGCCUGGGACCUCACUGACCAGCUGGUGGCCCUGUGUACAACAAGCCAAGAUGCCUUGAUCGCAGGAUGUCCAAGAGAGAUAGCAGUUGAGACAGCUGAAGGGAAGCUAUUAUGGACCACUGCCCUAGCACUGGUUCUGUUGAUGGGCAUGUUCUCGGAUCAGAAAGAUGAAUGGGAGAUGAUCGCCGAGAGAGGCACAAAGUGGAUGAAGGAGAACCUCCCUAAUGCUGUUAACUACGAUGAUGUGUUAAAAUCAGCAGCUGCCGUCAUCGGAGUUCAUAUAUAA